AAAGAAAAGACCCAGGAGGAUGUAUCCUGCCAUGGAACCCACACUAUUUUUAAUGUUAAUUACAGAAAUACUUCAGGACGUUGGCUCAGUGCCAGCUCUAUCUACCCCGAUGAUACCUCCAACACCAGGAUUGUCUCUCAGACUUGCAGGCACGUACAACUAUUGUGAGGGACGUGUGGAAGUGUAUUAUGAAGGAGCCUGGGGAACUGUCUGUAACAACAACUGGGAUAUGAAAGAUGCUCAGGUCGUUUGCCAACAGCUAGGAUGUGGGGAUGCUGUAGCAACCCUGCCCUGGCCUAAGUUUGGCUCAGGCUCCGGCAAAAUUGUCCUAAGUGACGUCCAAUGCAAUGGAGAUGAAUUCUUUCUGUGGAGUUGUAAGAACCCUGGGUGGGGUGUGCAUAACUGCAAUCAUCAACAAGAUGCUACAGUUCUUUGCACAGGUAUGAACUUCUCAAGUCUUGAUUUUUACUGGAAAUGUGGAAUCACUAAAUAG